AUGGCGCUCCGCCCUAUCUUUACUGCCACGCACCCACGUGCAUGCUCUACGGCCUUUGAGCGGGUCUUCAUGGCCCGCCGCGAUAUCCUAGAGAGUGUUCACGAACCUUUUGGAGAUGCCUUCUACUAUGGUCCUGAGAUCCUCAGUGAUCGUUUCAGAAACGACACUGCCACUCGCGAGCAGAGUGGUUUCUCGCAAAAGACCUACAAAGACGUCCUCAACGAGGUGAUGGAUGCGGGCAAAGAUGGCAAGCGAAUCUUCAUCAAGGACAUGGCCUACUACCUCAUGGCCCCAGACAACAAGCCUACCAAGGUUGCACCGUCUCUGGGAGAGGAAGAGCCCGGCAACCCAACGGUUCUGCCACUAGAGGUCCUGAAGCAAUUCCAAUUCACCUUCCUCAUCCGCCACCCUCGCCGAGCUAUCCCCUCAUACUACCGUUGCACGGUGCCGCCUCUGGACGAAGUCACUGGUUUCUAUGACUUCAUGCCCAAUGAGGCCGGUUAUAAGGAGCUCGUGCGUUUCUUUGAUUUCCUGAUCAAGGAGAACAUCGUCGAUAAGGACAACCUCGUUGUUAUCGACGCUGAUGAUCUUCUCGAUAACCCCGAGAAGACCAUUCGUCUCUACUGCGAGAAGACGGGCAUUGACUUCAAGCCCGAGAUGCUCGAGUGGAACGAUGAAGAUUGCAACUAUGCGACCAUUGCCUUCCAGAAAUGGAAUGGCUGGCACAACGAUGCUAUCAAGAGCUCGGCUCUGAGGCCUCGGACUCAUCACCAGAAGACGAUGACCACCGAGUCUGAAGAUAAGGAAUGGACCGCCAAGUAUGGUCCCGAGGCGCAAAAGGUUAUCCGUAAGACGGUCGAGGACAACGUAGCCGAUUACGAGUACCUGAAGCAGUUUGCGCUACCUAUUUAA